AGUACAGUGAAUGUCUGACGAUAUAUAUAGUAUAACUAUCGGUUCAAAAAGUAUAAUGUACUGUAAUAUAACACAUUCUAAAAAGAUAAAUAUUUGCAAUUAAUUAGAAACUGCAAUUAUACAAAAUUAAUUUCGUCAAUCAUAGUGACGACUGAUUGAAUGUUUGUUAACACGCAACCCUGAAAGUUAGACAAAACAGCUGUGGUUUGCCGCAUUCAUAGAAAAGUUUACGUUAUUUUGUGUUUAGAAUAAAGUCAUAUUUAUUUAAAUAAAUUGUUUAAUUUUUUAAAGUGUGUACAUUUUAAAGAAGUAUGACUGCCAAUACCAAUGAAAUGGAAAUGUUACGCAAAGCAAUUAGAUUGCUGCACUCGCCACAUUCAAACUCGGCAGUUGAGCUGAGAUUAAUGCUGGAUGAGGCUAUAAAACAACGUUAUGGGCCGGAGCAUAUGAUAUCGAAUAAUAUGAGCAAAGGUCUUAUGGAGUUAGAAGCUAACUUUCCAGGUCGUGCUGCAACACCGCCACCUCCGCCAGAACAUCCAACGGCAAUGGAUCAAGACCCUGUGGAUGAAGUUAUUAAUUUAACUGGUUCUCCUGCAAAAACUAUAUCCGAUUCACCAGAUACUAUAAUAGACUCUGAUGAUGGCGCAAACAUGGGUGGUGGCAUGCUAGGAGCUGGCGAUGAAGAUGUAAAUUUAAAAGAGUUUGGAGAUUUAAAUUGCGCUGUUUGUGGAGAAAUGGUUUUCACUGCUACAAAUCGUUUAAUUGAAUGUUCAAAUUGCGGCACACUUUACCACCAAGAAUGCCACAAACCACCUAUCACAGAUGAAGAAGCCUCUGAAGGUCAAGAGCACAAUUGGCAAUGUGAUAAUUGUCUUAAUAAGCCCUCCACUAGUAAGGCAGCCGGUGUUGUAAUAGAAGAACCAAUUUCGUUAAUAUCAAAGACGAAAUCAUCAGCCACAUCUUCACGUUCCUCGUCAACUUCGAAUUCGUCCUCACCCUUUGCUAUACUACAGCAAGAAGUAAGUAGUACAACUACUUCAACUGUGCCACCAGUACAAGUGCCGUCAAUGCCUACAAGUAGGCAUCACCAUCAUAAAAGUUCCAGGUCGCAUAAAGAGGAGCGGCCGUCAUCUGGCAGUUCGAAGGCGAUAACAUCAAGCAGUAACAUCAAUCCGACUUUCAAUGUCGUCAGUGCAAGCGAAAAGAGCACUUCACAUACGUCAAAGAAAUCAUCUUCCCACUCCUCUUCGUCCAGUAAAUCAUCGUCAUCGAAGUCAUCAAAACACCAUGACAGUAAUAAGCGUAAAGCAAAGUGAGCUACUAAGCAAGUAAUAAAGUAAAGUUAAUAAAGUAAAUCGUUGCAAAAAACGGCACACGUGGAAUAAAUGUGAAAUUAAUGAAAAUUUAUAAAUUUUUGGAGUAGGAUGCAUUUAAAUGAAAUUCAAUAGUACUACAAUCUAUAAAUAAAACAUAUUGUUAGUAAUUUUAUAUAAAACUUUAUUCAGAGUACAGAUCAAAUAUUUUUGUUUGGUAUCCCUUGCCAGGAAAGCGACGUCAAACUGCAUCUUAUUCGAAGAAGGGAACAAUUACGAUUUUUUAACAAACGAGCGAUGUAUAAAAAAUAAUUACAUACAUAUACAUAUAAUUUAUAAAGAAAGAAAGAAUGUAUUGUGUUUAUAUAAAUACAAAUUAAACAGUGAAAACAUCAA